CAAGUAAUAAAAUAAUUUUUUGAUCUUAAGAAAAAACUCAAUUGGUUAGAGUACUUUUUAGCAAGCGGAACAUGUUGAGUCAACUCUCAAUGAAAGGAUAUAGAUUACAAGUUUAAUCUUCGCACGAGCGUUAGCAAAUUAGAUUCAUUAUCGAAUUAGCAACCAGCUAAAAUCUCUACAAACAUAGUCUGUGGAUUCAGAAGAAAAAGAUUACCUAGGUGGAUGGAAGCAUCAAGAAUCUCAAGCAAUUAGAAAGUUGUUGGUCUUCAAAAUAAUUUCAAUUAUGUUCUCCUAAACAAUUAGAAUUGUUUUUUGUAAACAAACUUUUUUUUAUUGAUAUGCAUGGUUUCAAAUUGUUCAAACAAUGCAUGGGCAUUUAGAAAGUCUACUGAACUUAUCUUGGUCAACUUCAUACUUUUCCAUCUAUAAGACAGCAUGUGCAUUUCACUAAAAAGUCCUGCAUUUGAAAAGUAUCUAUGCUUGAGAAAAACAACUUGGACACAAUAACAUUUUUCCACAUGUUAGAAAACAUAUAUAUAACUGUCACAAUACAUAUCGAAUACUUUUGUGUCCCUAAUAAACUAUGGAAAGCUCUCAACUAUUUUUUAUCAUCAUGUUCCUCUACACAAUAGUCUUAUCGAUAAGCUCAAUCAACUGCACAGAGAAGAAUAACAAUCACGUCACAAACCAAGUUGCUUUGUUCGUGUUCGGAGAUUCUCUGUUCGAUGCCGGAAACUACAAAUACAUCAAUAAUAAUACAGCUUUCCAAUCAAAUUUCUUUCCGUACGGUCAAACCACUUUCAAAUUUCCAACCGGAAGAGUCUCUGACGGACGUUUGAUUACCGAUUUCAUAGCUGAGAACGCAUGGUUACCACUGAUCCCACCAAAUCUACAACCAAGCAAUAGUAACAAUCAAUUUACCUAUGGAGCUAAUUUUGCUUUUGGCGGUGCUGGAGCUUUGGUAGAAACCUUUCCAGGAAUGGUGAUAGAUUUGGGAACACAGUUAAAUAGCUUCAAGAACGUUGUCAGGAGCUUGAAAUCUGCAUUAGGAGAUGCAGAGGCCAAGACGAUUUUCUCAAGAGCUGUUUAUCUGUUUUAUAUCGGAGGCGACGACUUAGUUUAUCCCUUAGUUGCAAACUCUUCACUUUUCCAGUCCAAUACCAAAGAAAAGUUCGUUGAUUUUGUUAUUGGUAACACAACAUCCGUGGUCGAGGAAGUGUAUAAAAUAGGAGGAAGAAAGUUUGGAUUCUUGAAUACUGGAGCAUACGAGUGUGCACCAGUCAUAUCGAUCUUAGACACAACAAACAUAGGAUCAUGUUCCAAACCAGUCGCUGAGCUGAUAUAUUUGUACAACAAGAAGUUUCCGGAUGCUUUACGGCGGCUACAACAUGAACUUUCCGGAUUCAGAUAUGCCCUUCACGACUAUCACACUUCUUUGUUGGAAAGAAUCAACAAUCCUUCUAAAUACGGGUUUAAGGAAGGUAAGAUGGGAUGUUGUGGAAGUGGACCAUUGAGAGGAAUUAAUACUUGUGGGAAUCAAAUGGGAAAAAGUUACGAAUUAUGCGAAAACGUUACCGAUUACUUGUUUUUCGAUGCCUCUCAUUUGACAGAGAAGGCCCAUCGACAAAUUGCAGAGCUGAUAUGGAGCGGACCGCCUAAUGUCACUGGACCUUAUAAUCUUCAAGCUUUAUUUGAACUUAAUUGAAAUCGCCGAUGUAUGUCUAUGAAAAUAAAGAUGAGAUUGCUAUAUAUCUUGUCGUUUUUUUUUUGCACAAGCUUUAUUUGAACUUAAUUGCUAUAUAUCUUGUCUAAGCUUGUUACUAAUAUACUAUGUUUCAAAUAAUAUCAAGAUUGAUGAA